AAUAGGCAACGUUCCCACUGCUCACGUACGGAGGCGAUGCGUCAUGUAUUCCGUGGAAACUGGAUUUUAAAUGCAACACAGGAUGUUGGUCUUUCUCCUUCGGAAAGGAAUUCCGGAAAUGACCCUUUGAGUUACCGGAAGUGGUUGAGUGAGAGCGCCGAGGCGUCUUGGAGUGCAGUUUCAUUAGCUAAGAAACAAAAAUGGCUACUCUUAAAAGUUUAGAAACCAAAGUCAUCCUUACCUCAACCCCAAUCCGAGGAGCAGGAGAUGGAAUGGAAACUGAAGAGCCACCUAAAUCUAUCGAAGUUACCUCUGCAGCCCAAUCCAUAAAGCAUGCAAUCCUUCAGAGUCCACGGAAGAAAGCAUUUCCCUCAGAGAGCCCAGGAGUGCUUCAGCUAGGAAAGAUUCUCACUGAAAAAGCAGUGGAAGUUGAAGCUGUAAGAAUAUUUGUUCCCAAAGCUGCUAUAACUCAUGAUAUCCCCAACAAAAAUGCAAAGGUUAAAUCUCUUGGAUAUCAUAAAGGAGAACUCAUUAAUCAGUCAGAGGGUCUUACAGAUCCUCGGAAAGAACUCUCAGAGGUAAAGAGUAUAUUGGAAAAGCUCAGAAACUCUGAAAGGAGGUUACUACAGGACAAAGAAGGACUUUCAAACCAGCUCCGAGUACAGACAGAGGUUAAUCGUGAAUUAAAAAAGUUGCUGGUGGCUUCUGUUGGUGAUGAUCUUCAGUAUCACUUUGAACGUCUAGCUCGUGAGAAGAAUCAGCUUAUUUUAGAAAAUGAAACCUUAGGUCGAAACACAGCUCAACUUUCUGAACAGUUAGAGCGUAUGUCAAUACAGUGUGACGUAUGGCGAAGUAAAUUCCUUGCAAGCAGGGUAAUGGCAGAUGAGUUAACCAACUCCAGAGCUGUUUUACAGCGUCAGAACCGUGAUGCACAAAGUGCAAUACAAGAUCUCCUGAGUGAACGGGAACAGUUUCGUCAGGAAAUGAUGGCUACCCAGAAAUUUUUAGAGGAACUCUUGGUCUCUUUACAGUGGGGAAGAGAGCAAACUUACUCCCCUAACCCACAACCCCACAGCACAGCAGAACUAGCAGUAACAAAUCACAAGUUGGCAAAAGCAGUAAAUUCUCAUCUUCUGGGGAAUGUUGGCAAUAAUAGUCAAAAAAAGAUUCCGUCACCAGUUGAGUUCUGCAGUACCCCAGCUGAGAAAAUGGCUGAAAAGGUUCUACAUAUUUUGGACCCAGUUACCUGUGUAGAAAGCUCACCUGAUAAUCCAUUUACUCACUCUUCAAACACAUUGCUUGCUACAAAGAAAAAUAUUGGACGAUUUCAUCCCUAUACUAGAUAUGAAAAUAUAACCUUCAAUUGCUGCAAUCAUUGCCAAGGAGAGCUUAUUGCCCUUUGACAGCCAGUAUGUUGGAGGCAUGCUUCUUACCCACGUCAUUAUUACUAGGAGCUGGGGGUCUUGUUAUGCUAGAAGUAAUAUCACUUCCUUUCCGUAAUGUAUACCCACAAGAUAUUUCUUGUGCUAGACUCCAGAUUACCUUUUCUUAAUAAAUAUCUCAGGGUAAGAAAAAAACAGCAUGUAGAUAUUUUUAAAGAAAAUCCCAGACAUUGUACAAUGUUUAUGCUAAAAACUUUUGAAAGAUUUUAUAAAUUUGUUUUCGGCCCUAAAUUAUUUAUCUCAUUAAGUAUUUUACAAGAACAGAUUUCAUUUUGGUGCAUUUAAAGCAGGACAGGCAAACUAUGUGAAUCAAAUGUGGCCACAGUCAUUCAAUUACUAUUGCAAUUGAAAAGGCAACUAAGCUGUUUUUGCACUACAGCAGCAGAGUUUAUUAGCUGCAGAAGGACUUGUGCUUAAUAACAAAGCCCAAUACUGUACUUAAUAACAAAAAAGUUUUCUGAUUUCUAGUCUAUAAAGUAAAAGCUGGGGUGAAAGAAAAGAUGUUGCAUUCUCUUUAUGAUAAUUUAGGGGCUACAAGAGAGACUUAAAUAUUAAGGUGAA